AUGAAGUCCUCUCGACCCAUUCUCAAGUGCGACCCCUCGCCAUUCCGCUCGCCCGUACUCCCCUUCCACUCCGCGCGCAUCACACUCGUCUCCCCGCACGUCCACUUCCCGCCCACCCCCGUCAUCGCCGCGACGUACCCCGCGUACUCCCCCACGACGUACGAUCGCCAGCCGAUCGCCGUCUCCCCGAACGUCGUGCAGAUCCCGCACCGCGGCGCGCGCCGCCUCGAGCGGCAUUCACCCCCCGCGAGCCCGUCCGCGCACGCGUUCGCCGCGCCCGCGCCCGACGUCGAGCGCAGGGGGCGCACGCGCAGCCGGAGCGGCAGCGCGCACGCCUACCAGCCGCCCGCGCCCAUAGGCAGCUACUUCCACCCGCGCGCGUACGAGGCGUGCGUGCCCGAGCCUCCUUCCUCUUCCGCUUCCACCUCCCCGGCCGCCGCGGGCCCCUCGAGCUCGACGCGAUCCGCGCCUGGUGCGCCCGUCCCUCCCCUCGCGACCGCACCGAAGCGGCGGCCCCGCGCGCGCCCGGAGCUGCCGCCGCUGCCCGCGCUCGUGCACCGCCGGGAGGACUCGCCGUCGGACGAGUCGGACACGGUCGUCACGCCGCCGCCGCGCGGGGAGUUCGACGCGACGGCGGCGCUGUCGUCGUCCGGGCCACCGAUCGCGCUGCAGCUGCCGGUGCCGCCCGGCGGCGGCCCCGCGCGCCAUCGCAAGCCUGUCGUCGAGUGCGCGUCGGACCUCGAGAGGAUAGCGCGGGGCCGGAGGCGGCGGGCGAGCUCGUUUUCGCCGGACAUCGCGUCGGACGAGGGGUGUUUGGGCGGGUUCUAG